AUGUACUGGAAGAAUGAGCCGGUGGCCCCGCUCCGCCCGGGCAGCCAGCCCCUGGACGCCGGCGCCCCAGCGGGGAAGGUGAUGGCCCAGGACGGCCCCCUCUCCAAGGGAAGCUCCCGCUGCCUGGACAGCAAGCACCCCCAGAUCAUGUCCCAGUCUGACGGAGAGACGCUGCCCAGCACCCUGGAUAAGGAAGAUGUCCGCUCGGCUCCCAGCACCCCGUCCACCCCGUCCGUCUGCUCCCCGCCUUCCUCCUCCUCCUCUUCCUCCAUCCCCUCCGCCGGCAAGAACGUCUGCUCCAGCUGCGGCCUGGAGAUCCUGGACAGGUACCUCCUCAAGGUGAACAACCUGAUCUGGCACGUGCGCUGCCUGGAGUGCUCGGUGUGCCGGACCUCCCUGCGCCAGCAGAACAGCUGCUACAUCAAGAACAAGGAGAUCUUCUGUAAAAUGGAUUAUUUCAGUCGAUUUGGUACAAAGUGUGCCCGCUGCGGCAGGCAGAUCUAUGCCAGCGACUGGGUAAGGAGAGCCCGCGGCAAUGCCUACCAUCUUGCCUGCUUUGCCUGCUUCUCCUGUAAAAGGCAGCUGUCUACUGGCGAGGAGUUUGGCCUGGUGGAAGAGAAAGUGCUGUGCCGGAUUCACUAUGACACAAUGAUAGAGAACCUCAAGCGAGCAGCUGAAAAUGGCAAUGGGAUCACGCUAGAAGGAGCGGUCCCGUCUGAGCAAGAUAGCCAACCCAAGCCAGCAAAGAGAGCGCGGACGUCCUUCACCGCGGAGCAGCUGCAGGUCAUGCAGGCACAAUUUGCUCAGGAUAACAACCCAGAUGCACAGACCCUUCAGAAACUGGCAGAUAUGACCGGACUUAGUAGGAGAGUCAUUCAGGUUUGGUUUCAAAACUGCAGAGCGCGCCAUAAAAAGCACACGCCUCAGCACACGGUGCCGCCUUCUGGAGCCCCCCAGUCCCGGAUCCCUUCGUCGCUCUCUGAUGACAUCCACUACUCUCCCUUUAGCAGCCCUGAGAGGGCCAGGAUGGUAACCCUGCACGGAUACAUAGAAAGUCAGGUACAGUGUGGGCAAGUGCACUGUAGACUUCCCUACACUGCUCCACCAGUGCACCUCAAAGCAGACAUGGAAGGACCACUAUCUAAUAGGGGUGAGAAGGUCAUCCUAUUUCAAUAUUGA